GAUACAGAAUGGAUCAUCGCAGAAAAAAAAAAAUUAAAAGAAAAAGAAAAGCAAUGAUGUAACAUCAGCCAAGUCCCGUCACUCGUGAGGUCAUGUCUGCCCACUCCUUCAAUUUGGCAAGAUGUUCAUAUAAAAUGGCGCAGCAAUUAUAGAACCUGCGGAGUAUAUACAAAAUAAUAUUUUUGGAGCGUGUGAGACAGUCAAGUGCGUGUAUGUGUUUAUCUAACAACGAGUAUGAGGUCCCGGCGUUCAGUUAGCUAACAGCCAAUGACAGAAUUUUCUGCUAAGUUUGGCGUGGAAAAAGAGAGAGAGAGAGAGAGAAAGAGAGAGAGAGAGAAAGAGCGAGACAGAUAAAGCUACAAGAGAAAUAGAACUGGGAAUAUCCAUUCUAAUACAACACGAAUUUCCACAAUAAACGAUCAACUCAAAUAAAGUGUUCUCAAUGGAUUGCUAUUUUUGGGGAUUAUUUUUUACAUUAAUGGUGCAGGCUGGAAGCUCACGUGCCGAAGUCAACUCGUGUCACCAGUGCUCGCGUCACCCAGACACCUGCCGUCGGAUUUCGGGCCUUUUCACGGUGACUGUGCUAAGCGAGGGCACCUACAACCCUGUGGUCGAGAUCCCAGCACCCGCCUGCAGUGUUAACAUCUCAGAGUUUAAGGAGAGCAGCAAUUAUAUAGCAUUAAAAACGAAACGAGAUGAAGGCAUAAUCAACAGUUACUGGGGUCUAAGCCCACCUGGUCAGUACAGUGGAGCAGGAACUGUGUUUACUUACGAUCGAGGUUCGUCUAACUGCAAGGGGAACUGCAUAUACGGUGAUGGGCCAACUAAUGAUGGUCUUGUAGUUCAAGUUUUAUAUUAUGACAAAAAUCCUGGGAUAGCUUACACAUUUAUUCUUCCUAACAAUGUUCCGUUCACGCCAUUUGAAGGAGCAGCAACCUAUAAGCAAGCUCCAUCUGGACAACUCCAGCCGGAUCCAAAUAGUUUCUAUCGGCACAACUCCAGCCUCCUUCAGCACCAAGGAAGACAUCGUCUUAGACAGCAGCAUUCCAAUUUGACGGAUGCCAGUCGCGUGUUUGAAGGAGAGUAUUACACUGGCCACCAUUCCAGCAGAUCCGAAGGUCGGCCAGACAUAACUUCUGCGUUGUCCAGUCACAGCAAAGUUCCCUCUCGCCAGAACUCCUUUAAUUACACCAACGCGAGGUAUGGAACCCAUACUCUUGGUGGUCGUGGUAUGAGCUACACUGUUGGUGGUGAAACGCAGCCUCUACCUGGACGCCACAUUAUUGAACGAGUUCAGUCCCCACCAUUGGCCCACACAAGACCAGGUCACCCCAACAUUCGUAAACUGCCAUCUCCAGAAUACAUUGCCCACCCGAGACAACAUCAGAACGCCCCAUCUCUAUCUGGUGAACCACUGUAUCAGACGUAUUCUAUCAGUGGGCAGAACUUGGAGUCACGAGAUGCUGAACAUUUUGAAAGAAGUAGCAGCUCAAAUGAAAUAAAUACAAGUCAAUCUCUGGGACAAGUCAGAGGUCACGGAAGCAAUCUAUAUAGGUGGAAAAUUUCAGGUUUCACCGACUGCACCCAUACAUGUGGAGGAGGUGCACAGAGACCAAAUAUAGUAUGUGUAUCAGUAUCCAGUCGAACCCAAGUUGUGGUAACUCCAGAAAACUGCUUAGAACACCUGAAACCCAAGAUCCAAACGGUACAAUGUAAUACACAGCCUUGCGAACCAGCUUGGGAGGCCAAAGAGUGGUCUGAGUGCAGCGUGACAUGUGGAUCAGGCACUCAAACCAGGAUUGUAGAAUGCCAGCAGAGGUUCUCAGCCUUUUUGACUUUGAAGGUCUCAGCGGACCAGUGUGGAUUGGGCACCAAACCAGCUGUGUCCCAACAGUGCGAGACGGACUUCUGCUCUCAGUGGAAGACUGGGCCAUGGAGUGAGUGCACUAAAGUUUGUGGAGGAGGCGAUAGAACGAGAAGUGUUCAAUGUGUUGAUAAGCUGGAAAAUGAAAUUCCCGCCAGCCACUGUACUGAAGCAGCACCCAAAUAUUUUGAGCGAUGUAACACUCAGCCCUGCUCAUCGGCGGCACAGUGGUGGCUAACUGACUGGUCAGGGGAGUGCUCAGACACUUGUGAAACAGACAGGCGAGUUCGUUCAGCUAUUUGUUUAAACAAAAGGGGGAGCAUCGUGCCUUCAUCUACGUGUAACAAGCCAGAUUUACCAAUUAUGGAGGAGUCGUGUCCCCUGAAUAAAUAUUGUCAAGGCACAUGGUUUGUUGGGCAAUGGAGUAAGUGUUCUGCUGAAUGUGGCAGUGGUAAAAUGGUUCGUCAGGUUGUAUGUAUUCAGAACCUGCAAUCUUCUAUGAAUAUUGUCAAGAAUGAAGAAUGCAACCUCAGGCAUAAGCCAAAGACAGAGGAACCUUGUGUCAAUACAAACUGUAAUGCCAAGUGGUACGCCUCUCCUUGGUCAGAGUGCUCAGCAACAUGUGGGGAAGCGUACCGUACCAGAGAAGUUCGUUGUGUUGAAGAUAACAAAAGAGUGUCAGAUAGUUGUGAUCCAUUAUUACGGCCUGCAGUGCAAGAAACAUGCUCAGCACCAGUGUGUUCACAGCCCAAAGAUAUUUCCCCAAAAAGCUUGAGACCAGGAAUCACCAAUUCUACAAGAGAAACUCCACAGCAUGGAGAAAGAAAGAUUGAGGAUAGUCUCUUAGAGGAUGAUAGAAGGGUCCGCUACAGAGGUCAAGCUCAGAAUCUCAACAAACCAUUUCCAAUCAGAAAACAUGAUAAGAGUUGCAAGGAUAACUUUCAAAACUGUUUAAUGGUGACUCAAGCAAGACUUUGUUCUUACAGUUACUACAGAAAACUUUGCUGUGAAUCCUGCCAAAAGGUUUAACAUAGCGUAAUUAUUCUUCAAGUUGUGAUUUUCUUCCCAACAAAAAAAAAAUGUGUAUUGAAUUUCUGCAAUAGCUAAAUUAUGUAUUUUGAAAAAUCCAUUCCAUAAUAAAUCAGAUGCCACGCUUCAUUUUCUUCAAUAAAUUAGUCUAAACAAAUUUAGUAAGCCUAACAACUAAAAAUAACGGAAAACUGCAAAUACUGCAAUGCAUUUUUUUAAAGAAGGUAUUUACUGUAUUUGUAUUUGUACUGUUUUGUCUUGAUUUGACUCUUUCUAAAAUAAACUUUAACUUUAGUUAAUAGCAUAUUUUCACCAAAAAAAAAAUAUAGCUAACAAGUUGCAGAUAAAACCAGUACUAAAAUUGUUUAUUAGUUUGCAAUAUACUCUGGUACCUAAUGAACAUGUAGCACAAGACAACUGCAGGUUUGAUCAUUAUUUAUUUAACCUAAGAAGAAUAGAAACCUUCCAAUAAAUCUAAAACUUGCAAUAAAAAUGUAAUGUUUUUUAAAUUUAAAAAUUAUAAAAAGAUAAAAAUAUUAUUUUUUUAUGCUGAAAUGUCACCUUUUUGGUUUUUUUUUAUAUGGUUUCAGUUUUUUAAACCCUUUUUAGAGUUGAUUAAAUGUAUCAGUUUUGUUUACUGGUGAUUCUUACGCUAAGAUUUUCAUUUUUUUAUGGUAAGUCUUUGUAAACAUUUAGACAAAUUGGUUUAAUUGUCCAUUGUUUGCUUAAAACAAAUGUUUACAUGAACUGGCUACCUAUUUCUGUUUAUGAGCAAAGACAAUGUAUUCUUUUUUUUGUCUUGAAUUCAAAUAUUUAUGUAAAAAUUUGUUGGUGCUUAUUACUUUUGCUUUCCCAGCAAGGUAAAUCUCUUGUAUGUACGCAGGUUAAUCUAUAUGUACACGAAUCAUAUUAAGUAUGAACUACAUGAAUAGUUAUGAAAAGUAAGCUGUGGUCACAUAUUAAAAAGCAUUAUUGUUAUAAGUGUAUUAUUGUUUCUACACAUUCACUUUAAUGUUCAUCUUUGUACAUUCAUGUAAAGCAAAACAUUAUAUUACUGGUUUUGAACAUAAUUUUAAGCAUCAAGUCAAUCUAAACAAGAUAUUUAAUUAAAAACAAAUUAUGAAAAAGUCAAAUAGACACAUUAAUGUUUCAUUGUGUCAAAUUUUUUUUUAAAGAUUAUUUUUAUAGUUCGAAUCUAGCAAAUAAAUGGUAAUGCAUAACACUUUUAAAGAAUUACUAAGUAUUGAAGAAUGCUUCUGUGUUAAAAGUUUUUGGAAUACACAUUUUUUUAUGUACUUACUUUUAUGUUACAAAAUGUUGAUCAACUUAAGGUGGUAUAAAAUUGAUAUUUAAAUAUUUGACCAUGUUUUAUGUGAAGGGAAAAUAUGAUUUGGUUGAAAGUAAAACGGACUAGCAUUUUAUUAUUCCUUGAAACUGUUAAUAAAUAAAACACAAACUCGUUGACAUGCCACGGGCAGGUAUUUUUGUUAUGUUUGAACUGGGCAAGUUUUUUUUCAAAGUCAGCUAAUGUAUUGUACAUUUCUGGGAAACACUGAAUUUAUUUGUUCAAAUGCACACACAAUUUCAUUUUCUUUUGAAGAGAAAAAUCAUUUAUCAUUAUAUUAUACGAUUCAAAAUUGUCAGACAAUUAGACUCUAAUAGUUUAGUUUUAGUUUUUUUUGGCACAUCAGCACAAUUCAGGCCAUGUCAUGCCCGACUCUUUAAUGACCAUAAGUAUAUCCAAAAGUUCUAUAUAUUUAUUACAACUAAAGACUGAGUUCCUAAAAAAAAAAAAACAUAACAAGAAUUUUGACAUACAUCAUUGUUAGAAAUGAUAUUAGAAAUACCUUCAUGUUUAUAAAUUAAAUUUUAUUAUGACCUAUAUAAAAUCUUUAGCUUUAUGAGAAAAAUUUUGCUCAUUUUUUUUUCCACUUUGUUUAUGCCACUGAAAUAGCACUACAAAACUAUACAGGUUCCUAUACAGGUCAUUUGUGUACACGAUUCCCGUUGGACCUACUGAGGUUAGUGAAACAAUCACAUUGUCCAUUUAUUCUUUAUUUUGACAAAGUGUCUUUACACUACAUGUAUGUCUGAGGUUAAGUGCUGUUAUUAUGAAUAUAUGUUUAAUGGAGCUUUAAAUGGUGUAAAUAUAUUUUUUAUUGUUAUUACACAAUAUGUCUGGGGUUUUUUU